ACAUGAAUGACUGUGUUUCCGGCGACCGAGCGCAAGCCAUCGCCCACAUCUUUCUUUGUCCUUUCGUUGUAAUUUACCACGAUGAGUGAGCACAAGUUGUAGCACCACCAACGGAACGCACUGCGCGCGCACCAGCAGGUGUAAAGGUGAAUACCUUAUGAGCUAUUUCUGCCAUUCUGUAACAUGUGGUGGAAGAAGGCAGGCAGCUCCCGUCUGGCUCAACGAGACACUACAGUACCAUACGGCAAACAGGGCACGCAGUGGUCCGGGUGUUCAACGGUGUUGAGUGGCCCUCAGCAGCGACGGGAGGCAGCGCAUCGCAGCAACCCCCCGCCAGGUAGCGCUUUCGGACCCGACCAAACCGCUCCCCGAUAUAAAUACUCCCCGCCUCUCGUUGUCCUCCUCUUUUCCGACUGCAAAGGUACCUUUGCAGCUUUUCCAACUCUUUAUUUCGGCGCUGACCCACCUCGAUUACCCGGUGACCCUGCUACGUGUCGGUAUUUUUUGCAAAGCAGCACUCUGGACCGUCAACGCCUCUGCUCAACCAUCACCAUACCUGAAAAGCACACGAGCCUGCAAUUGCUUAGCUUGGGCCCCCAGCGUUACUUGUUUGUGGUGGCACCACUUGUAUAUGGUUAUGAAAAUGUGUGCCGUAACGAACAAGCGAGAUGCACAUCAGGAAACGCAAUUCAAAGCGCCCAGCCUGCCCAGUCUGUUGCUGCUCGCUCGCAGUCUCACACAUCCACUAACUCUGGAUCUGGAGCUUAUGAUCCGUCUCACAGCAGCAAAGAACAGCAUACACUCAGAGGCAAACCAAGUCUUGGAACUUGUAGCGAGGGAGGAAGCGAGCAACUGUGUCAUGUCAUAACACCAUGUGGCGUAAAUUCGGGCAGCACCAUGAUAACAAUACCUGCGUUGCGAGCAGUUUCACGGGAAAAUCUGCGGUGGGGCGCCAACUCGACUCGUAAAGUUCGUCAAAGGUUGGUUGGUGUGUGGGAUGAAGAUCGUGGCCUGGGAGCUUCCUGUACACUACCAGAAAUUCUCGCAAUGCAAUAACGAUCUCAGCUCCGAGAACACGCUGCGUCGUUCAAUCGCGAAGCAGUGACUGAUCGUUAAAGCCAUGCGACCUUCGGAAAAAGUGCCCGUUACUCAUCGUCAGACCCCCUAGAGUUCACCACCUCAUGGGCUAGCUGACCAGAGACAGAUAGAUCGUUGAUCCCGGAAACAAGUCCACGCAAGUCCUGGCAG